AUGAUUGAAUAUGCUAGAGGUCUUCCUUUAGCACUUAAAGUGUUGGGUUCAUUUUUUAGUGUGGAAAAAACUAUAUCAGAAUGGAAAGAUGCAAUGGCUAAGUUCAAGAAGAUUCCUCCACAUGACAUUAUGAAGAUACUUAAAGUGAGUUUUGAUGGGUUAGAAGGUGAUGAGAAGACUAUAUUUUUAAAUAUUGCUUGCUUUUUUAAUGGGAUGGACAAAGACAUUGCGAUGCAAAUCUCACAAAAUUGUGAUCUUCACCCAAAAAUUGGGAUAAAAGUUAUAAUUUAUGAUAAAGAGGUUUUCCAGGUGCAUGAUAUGCUUCAAGAAAUGGGUAAGAAUAUAGUUUUUCAAGAAUCACCUAAUGAUGUUGGUAAACGUAAUAGGAUAUGGUCUUUGGAGGAUGCUAGUCAUGUACUGGAAAAUAAGGUUUUGAGAAAGCUUCAUGUAAUGACCUAG